AUGCCCCAUGGCACAUCCUCCUAUGUCGUCAUCCCUGUUCCAGGGCAUAACCAUAAGCCCCUGCGGUUUCACAGCUCCCAAAUCGCCAUCGCUCGUUGUCCGUCCCUACCUUUCCCCCUUGCCAUUCCCUCACCAUUCCCUCCGGCCCAUGCCAAUUCCCACGCUCUCGUCCCACCCUUUUCUCCCCCCGUCCCAUCCACUUCCCCCUUUCCCAACCCUCCCCCUAUCCUACUGCUCCAUCAUCCCCCUAAACCCACUGCUCCAUCCUCUCCCUUUCCCACUGCCCGUGUUGCAAUGCCUAAGGGGACUACGGGGAACAACGACGGGCACAAUGGCUGCAGGCAGCACAAGCGCGACGGUAGCAAUCGGCUCGACCCUCCAGUCUCUCUCUCGCCGAUCCUCCAAAUUCCCCUGUCUCUCCCUUUUCCCCUAUCCUUCUCUCCCUUAGCCCCCGUCAUUCUCUCCCUUUCCCCCUGUCCCUCUCUCCCUUACCCCUUGCCAUUCUCUCCCUUCCCCUCUGUCUUUCCCUCCCUUUCCCCUUGUCUUUCUCCCACGUUUUCCCCUGUCCUUCUCCCCCAUUCCCCCUGUCCUUCCCUCCCUUUCCUCCUGUUCUUCUCAGCUCCCUUCCCCCCUGUCCUCCUCUUUUCCCCCUGUCCUUUCCCCCCUUUUUCCCUGUCCUUCCCUCCCUUCCCUCCUGUUCUUCUCCGCUCCCUUCCCCCCUGUCCUUCUCCUCCCUUUCCCCCUGUCCUUCUCUCCCUUUCCCCCUUUCCUUCUCCCCCUUUCCCCCUAUCCUUCUCCCCUUUCCCCCCUGUCCUUCUCUCCCUUUUCUCCAGUUCUUCUCAGCUCCCUCUCCCCCCUGUCCUUCCCGCACUUUCCCCCAUGUCGUUCCCUCCAUUUCCCCCUGUCUCUCCCCCUUUCCCCCUGUCCUUCUCUCCCUUUCCACCUGUACUUCUCUCCCUUCCGUUCCCUUCUUCUCAGCUCCCUUCCCCCCUGUCCUUCUCCUCCUUUCCCCCUAUCCUUCUCCCCCAUUCCCUCUGUCCUUCCCUCCCUUUCCUCCUGUUCUUCUCAGCUCCCUUCCCCCCUGUCCUACUCCCCCGUUCCCCCUGUCCUUCUCCUCCUUUCCCCCUGUCCUUCUCCCCCUUUCCCCCUGUCCUUCUCUCCCUUUCCUCCAGUUCUUCUCAGCUCCCUUUCCCCCUGUCCUUCCCGCACUUUCCUCCAUGUCUUUCCCUCCAUUUCCCCCUGUCCUUCUCUCCCUUUCUCUUGUACUUCUCUCCCUUCCGUUCCCUUCUUCUCAGCUCCCGCCUUUGUGCGGGUGGCGUUGCCGUCCCGCCGCGGGCGGGCCGCCGCGGCAGACGGGAACCUUCUCCUCCUUUCCCCCUGUCCUUCUCCUCCUUUCCCCCUGUCCUUCUCCUCCUUUCCCCCUGUCCUUCUCCUCCUUUCCCCCUGUCCUUCUCCUCCUUUCCCCCUGUCCUUCUCCUCCUUUCCCCCUGUCCUUCCCUCCCUUUCCUUCUGUUCUUCUCAGCUCCCUUCCCCCCUGUCGUUCUCCUCCUUUCCUCCUGUCCUUCUCCCCCUUUCCCCUUGUCCUUCUCUCCCUUCCCUCCUGUUCUCCUCCGCUCCCUUCCCCCCUGUCCUUCUUCUCCUUUCCCACUGUCCUACUCCCCCUUUCCCCCUGUCCUUCUCUCCCUUUCCUCCAGUUCUUCUCAGCUCCCUUUCCCCCUAUCCUUCCCGUACUUUCCCCCAUGUCGUUCCCUCCAUUUCCCCCUGCCCUUCUCCCCCUUUCCCCUUGUCCUUAUCUCCCUUUCCCCCUGUGCUUCUCUCCCUUCCAUCACCUUCUUCUCAGCUCCCUUUCCCCCUAUACUUCUCUUCCUUUCCCCAUGCUGUUCUCCCCCUUUUCACGUGUCCUUCUCUCCCUUCAGUUCCCUUCUUCUCAACCCCUUUUUCCCCUCUCUUCUCCCCUUUCUUUCCCUGUCCUUCUCUCCCUUUCCCCAUGCCCUUCUCUCCCUUUACUUGCUUUCUUCUCAGCUCCCUUUCCCCCUGUCCUUCUCCCCCUUUCCCCCAGCCCUUCUCUUCUAUCCCUUUCCUCCAGUUCUACUCACCUCCCUUUCCCCCUAUCUUUCUCCCCUUCACCCCCCUGCCCUUCUUUCACUUUUGUACGCUUUAUCCCCAUUCCUAGGGACGGAUGGUGGUCGCAAAGCUUGA